AUGGCGCGCGCGUGCAGUAACGUCACAAGUUUCAAGGAGGCGCUCGACGCAUCGGAUUUCGACAGGAGGGACGAGUUCCUCGCCGGUGCCAAGUGCGCCAACAUCGAGGUCACGUCGCCGUGCCCGAAGGACCCCGCGAUGCCGCUGAUGGUCUUUGUCCAGCACUUCGGCGCGGUUCCCAAUGAGUUGCGCUGCCAGGAGUGCGGCUCUAAGUUUACCAUGUCUGGGACGUCUGAUCGCGCGGCGCGCUGGGCGCGGCGGGGCCCUCGCCGCGACCUCGCGAGCUGCUGCGACGCGUGCGGCGACGUUGAGAUCUCCAUGGCGGAGGGCACCUUGUUGGCGGACGUCAAGGCGUCAAGUUGGCUUCCAUUAUUCGAUUGCGUGGUUGCGUGGACCCAGGAGUGCCCGCGUUCGAAGAUCAUGCGCGGGCUCGACAGGCAGCGCAAUGUCGUGGGCCCGUGGAUGGAGAAGUUCCAGGAUGUUGCCGCGUCUUACAUCGCCGACGAGAUUUCCUUCCCGAAGCUGCACGAAGCCUUCGAGAAGCGGGCCAACGCCAAGGGCAAUAUGGGCGUGAAGAAGACGAUCUCUAAGAAGAAGCAAACAAAUGUCAUCGCACAGGCCGACGAGGUCUUCCUGAACAAGGACUUCGUCUUCCGCGUCUUGCAGCACCCAGAGGACGCGUUCGACGGGCGCCUCUGCAGUAAUCAGGAGACGGUGAUUUAUUUCGACACUCUGGGCCUCCGCAUGGGCACGGUCGUCGCAGCGGACGGGUGGAAGGCCGCAGUCGCAGCCAUCAAGGACAUCAAGGACCGGGAUGGAGAGUCGGAAAGGGAUUUGAAGCACGAGAUCGUCGCCCA